AAUCUCGACAUCUCCAAUUUUGGCUCGAGCGACUACCCCGUGCCGACCUUGCCUACAUCGGCAAGCAGCGCGGAAAAGCCUCUCGUCGAUCGCACCUACAAGAUGUACUAUGGUGGUGCUCAAAAGCGCCCCGAUGCUCCCUACGCUCGCCCCAUCCUGAAUACCAAGCAGGAGCUUGUCGCCCACGUGGGCGAGGGCAACCGCAAGGACGUACGUAAUGCCGUGGAGGCAGCGCACAAAGCCUUUGGCGGCUGGAGCAAGCGUGCAGCCCACAAUCGUGCCCAGAUUGUCUACUACAUGGCUGAGAACCUCGAAGUUCGCCGCUCUGAGCUGGCCGGUCGCCUGGCCGACAUCACCGGUUGCAGCCUGGACGACGCCUUGAACGAAGUCGACCUCUCCGUGGAGCGCCUCUUUUAUUGGGGCGCCUAUGCCGACAAGUACGGUGGUACCGUGCAGGAAACCACCCUAUACGGCGCCACCGUCAAGAUCCACGAGCCCGUUGGCCCCCUUGGUGUUUUGUGCCCCGAUGAACGACCCCUUCUGGCUUUUGUGUCCCUCUUUGCGCCCGCCAUUGUUCGCGGCAACACCAUUGUCAUUGUGCCCUCCGAGCGCUGCCCUGUUUUGGCCCUCGACUUUUACCAGGUCUUUGACACCUCGGACCUGCCGGCUGGCGUCGUUAACAUCUUGACUGGCAACCGCGAGCACCUUGCCAAGUACAUGUCGGAGCAUCAUGAUCUCGAGGCGGUCUGGUACUUUGGUUCGGCUGUGGGCAGCAAAUACGUCGAGACGGCUGCUGCCGAAAACAUCAAGCGCACCUGGGUCAACUAUGGCCAAUCGCGCGACUGGGCUGACCCUGUGCAGGGUGCUGGCGAGGAGUUUUUGUACAAUGCCGUCGAGUGCAAGAACAUCUGGAUGCCCAUGGGUACCAUCUUUGCCAACUAA